AUGUCGAAGUCAAUGAAUAUCGAUGAGCGUCGAGCAUCGCUGGCCAACGACGUCGAGAUCGGGUCUGCUGCGCCCGUCGAGCGAGUCUCUGUCCGACCGAAAGGAAGCUCGUACUCGCCGGAAGGCUCAAGCAGCAGCAACUCUGCCGGCGCUGCAAGCCAUGGCGAUGUCGAAAUGAUGCCUGGUCCGAAUCCGAACCAACAGCCACCGAUCGAGACGACCGUUGCUGAACUCGAGCAAAGAAAAGGUGGCAGAUUCGCUUUCUUGAAGCGGCCUCAAUUCUGGAUCGUGCUGGCCUUGUCGCAAGUUCUGGCUAUCACUCAGACUGGCACCAAUACUCUCAGCACACUGCUUGCGGGCGUUGGUACCUCUAUCCCGGCUUUCCAAUCUCUCUUCAACUACAUACUACUCGCGCUCAUUUACGGCAUCAUCACGAUAUACAAGUACGGCUUUAAGGGCUGGUUUCGCAUGGUUCUCAAGGAUGGCUGGAAAUACUUCAUCCUUGCUUUCUUCGAUGUGGAAGGCAAUUACUUUACGGUACUGGCUUACCGAUAUACCACUAUCCUUUCUGCGCAAUUGAUCAACUUCUGGGCCAUUGCCGUUGUUGUGGCGAUUUCUCUAAUCUUCUUGAAGGUACGAUAUCACUUGGCUCAAUAUGCUGGUAUUUUAGUUGCGUGCGGUGGCUUGGGUCUGUUGGUGGCUUCUGAUCAUAUUACUGGAUCGAAUGGUGGACCAGCGUUGAACGCGGUCAAGGGUGAUCUGUUCGCGCUGCUUGGCGCAACCUGCUACGGUCUGACCAAUGUCGCUGAGGAGUUUCUGGUCAGCAAGCGUCCGAUGUACGAAGUUAUUGGACAACUGGGCUUCUGGGGCAUGCUGAUAAAUUCCGUUCAGGCGGCGUGCUUUGACAAGCAGUCUUUCCGUGCUGCUACCUGGAACGGUGCAGUUGCUGGCUACUUGGUCGGCUAUACUCUGCUCCUGACCCUGUUCUACUCUCUGGCACCAAUCGUGUUCCGCAUGGCCUCUGCAGCAUUCUUCAACAUUGGUCUGUUGACUGGCAAUUUCUGGGGCGUGAUUGUUGGACUCAAGAUCUUCCAUCUACACGUACAUUAUCUAUACCCCAUCGCAUUUGUAUUAAUCAUCGCCGGCCACUUUGUUUACUACGGCACUGAGGGCGUGCUUGGCGAGGCGAAGAAGCCAUGGUUGGGCGAGAAUCAGGAGGGUGGCGAUGAUGGCUUCGGUACGGCAAGGAGGCAGUUGGAGGACCCGAGAGUCAUUGUUUGA